AUGAAGUCUUCCAGCGUUCCAAUCAUCGAUUUAUCUGCUUUCAGCGGUGGCGUUGGUGGUGACAAUGGCACUGCAGCGGAAGAGCAAAAGAAGGUAGCCAUACAGCUUCGCAAUGCCUGUGAACACGUGGGAUUCUUCUACAUUACCGGACAUGGCUGUGAUGAAAAGGUCAUGGACACCAUGUCGGACCACACAAGCAAGUUUUUCGAUAUGCCUGCUGAGGACAAGAUCAAAUUGGAGGCACGCAACAAUCCUCUCUGGAGAGGGUAUAACAGUGUGGAAACAGGAGCCCAUUCCUGCACACCAGAAGAUGCCGCAGAGAAUCCUCCUGACCUCAAGGAGUCUUUCACGAUUGGGGCGGAAUCUACCCCCUCGGCAAAGAGUCCUAUGCACGGACCCAAUCAAUGGCCAGAUGAGACGAACAAUGGCAGCUCUUUGAAAGGCUUUGAAGCUGCCGCUCGACUUUACUGGGAAAGCCUCUCGGAUAUUGUAGGCACACGGUUGAUGCAAGCCCUUGCAAUGAGUUUGGAUCUUCCUCCGGACUUUUUCACAUCCAAAGCCCAGCGCAAACCGCAUAGUCAAAUGGUCUUACUACGAUAUCCCCCCACUGCUCCUGCUUCGGAGAAUUCGGAAGGAUUAGAGGUCCGAAGGGCAGAUGGAUCCUGGAUGUCAGCAGCACCUUUGAAGGAUAACAAGCAUGCAUUUGUUGUGAAUCUGGGGGACAUGAUGAAGUAUUGGACCAAUGACCGUUAUCAGAGCACGGAACAUCGCGUCACAAAUCCCAGUUCCACCAAUACGCGACACUCCAUUCCUUUCUUUUUGGCCGUGGACUAUGACACCAAGGUAGAAACCAUUGCUUCGUGUCGAGAUUACCGUGGGGGAGAAGUAUAUGAUCCCUGUCAAUCGGGCGAGUAUAUCUUGGGAAAACUUGGUCUCAUGCAUCUGGCAAAAACUGGCAAGUCAUCCGAUGAGGAAGACAGCGAUGACGGCAAAGCUAAAAACCCCGAUGCAAAAAAGCGAAAGGUUGCAAACGAGGUUGAAGCGGUGGCCUGA